AUGGCGAUGGAACGAAAUGUAAUGCUAUUGGCGUUGCUUAUAACCGUUAUAGCAGCAAGUUUAGGUGACUCAAGCAAUCUGAACAGCAGCUACCGACUACCCAAAUCAAUCACUCCAGAACAUUACAAUUUACAAGUAUUCACACAUCUCGGCGAUGAACGAGGAUUUAUUUUUUAUGGACAAGUAGUGAUACGGUUCCUGUGCCUGGAAGAUACGGACAAAGUUGUGUUACAUUCUAAAAAUUUAACACUGUCCGAAGAGCGAGUUUUGUUGCGUGAGAUUGUAUCGGACAAUCAACCCAAUCGGUCGCAGCAAAUAGAUAUCAAAAGUCUGGAGUACGUCACAGAGCAUGACUAUGCCGUGUUCCAUGUAAGCACACCGUUGAAGAAAGGUGAAAGAUAUGAAAUAUCCAUCCCGUUUGAGAGUAAUCUCAGCACCGGACUAAUUGGAUAUUACCGAAGCAGCUAUAUAGACAAAAAAACGAAGCAAAAAACCUGGCUUGCUGUGACACAGUUCGAACCAACGUAUGCGCGCCAAGCUUUCCCAUGUUUUGAUGAGCCGGAAAUGAAAGCGACGUUCGAUAUAUCCUUAGCACACCACGAACGAUACGUUGCGCUAAGCAACAUGCCAUUGAACCGCUCAAUGCCGCUGGAUAGUAUGCCGGGAUGGGUUUUGGACGAGUUUAAUACUACCGUGCCGAUGUCUACUUAUUUGGUAGCGUACACUGUGAAUGAUUUCGAAUACCGCGAGGCGAAGACAACGGAACCGGGCGAUGUGGUGUUUAAGAUUUGGGCACGGCGAGACGCGAUCGAUCAGGUCGACUAUGCCCGUGAUAUUGGGCCACGUGUUACACGGUUCUACGAAGAUUACUUCCGUCAGAAAUUCCCUCUGCCCAAAAUAGAUAUGAUUGCCAUCCCGGAUUUUGCCUCGGGUGCUAUGGAAAACUGGGGUCUCAUCACGUACCGUGAAACGGCAUUGCUGUACCAUCCUAACAUCUCCACCGCGAGCAAUAAACAUCGUGUUGCUUCCGUAAUUGCCCACGAGUUGGCCCAUCAGUGGUUUGGCAAUUUAGUCACGAUGCGUUGGUGGACAGAUUUGUGGCUAAACGAAGGUUUUGCAACGUACGUCGCUAGCUUAGGAGUGGACUAUUUGCACCCGGAAUGGUAUUCGCUUGAGGAGGAGUCAAUAUCAAACACGUUGGAUAUUUUCAAAUUUGAUGCACUGCUGUCAAGCCAUCCCAUAUCGGUAGAAAUUGGGCAUCCGAAUCAAAUUUCGCAAAUAUUUGAUGCCAUCUCGUACGAAAAAGGUUCAAUUGUAAUACGCAUGAUGCAUCUGUUUCUGAGCGAGGAAACGUUCCGUGACGGUGUGAGCCGAUACCUGCAACGACAUGCUUACGGUAACGCGGAGCAGGACAACUUAUGGGAGUCGUUAACCGAGGAGGCACAUGCAAACGGUGUGCUACCGGAUUUUAUUGAUGUGAAGAAAGUGAUGGAUUCGUGGACGCUGCAAACAGGCUAUCCGAUUAUAACCGUAACGCGCAACUAUGAUGCUAACUCAGCAGAAGUAACGCAAACGCGCUUCGUCUCAUCGGAAGUACCUAAAGAUCAGAACGUUACCGACUACUGUUGGUGGAUACCUUUAACGUAUACCACAGCAAAGGUGCUAGACUUUAACGAUACACUCCCGAAGGGUUGGAUGGAAUGUAAGGGCGAGAAGGAGAAGCAUGAAAAGCAGGUCAAAGUGUUGGAUGAUUUGCCAGAUCCCAAACACUGGGUGAUUUUUAAUAUACAGCUAGCCGGUUUAUAUAAGGUUAAAUACGAUAAGGCUAAUUAUCGUUUGAUUAUCUCCCAGUUGAAUGGUGCGCGAUAUCACGACAUUGGGCUGUUAAACCGUGCGCAACUGAUUGACGAUGCAAUGGAUCUGGCAUGGACUGGUCAGCAGGAGUACGGCAUUGCCUUCGCCAUGAUGAACUACCUGCGGCAGGAAACGGCGUACAUACCGUGGAAGUCCGCAUUGACAAACCUUAACAGUCUGAACAGAAUACUAAAGCGUACCCCGCUCUAUGACAUAUUCAAAAGCUAUGUUCAGUAUAUACUAGAGCCCAUCUACGAACAAUUAGAUGUAUUUAACGAGGCGAAAAAGACAACUGAACGACUCGAUGGCAUCAAACAAAUAACUUUAAUUGCUUCCUGGGCAUGUCGGUUCGAGGUAGGCGAUUGCGUUAAUCGUUCUGUUGAACUUUUCUCACGAUGGAUGCUGGAAACGAAUCCCGACGUAAGCAAUCCGGUCCCAAUAGAUCUAAGACCAGUGGUUUACUGUAACGCCAUACGUUUGGGCAACGAAUCGCAGUGGAAUUUCCUUUGGCAUCGCUAUUUGCAAAGCAAUGUUGGUGCGGAAAAGAUCAUGAUCAUUGGAUCGCUUGCUUGCACACGUCAGGUAGUACUAGUAGAGCGCUUCCUGCAAUCGUCGCUCAACAGCACGUCCGGUGUGCGUAAACAGGACGCAACGAUACUGUUCAGUAGUGUUGCCCGAAACGACGUUGGUUUCAUGGCAGCUAAAAGCUUUUUCCUAAACCGGGCGAAUGAUAUUUACGAUUUCUUGAGCCCGGACACUUCGCGACUGUCGCGUUACAUCAAACCACUAGCGGAGCAAAUGUUUUCAACCGAGGAAGUACAGGAGCUGAACGAUUUGAUACAGAAAAAGGCAACCAUCUUCGAGAAAGCAAACCAAGGAGUUAAGCAAGCAUUGGAAACGGCACAGACAAACAACAAAUGGACCAAGAUCAAUUUCGGCAAGAUGGAACGUUUGCUUCCAAUUUUAGCUACACGGUCUGCUGCAAAUACUCUGGAUAAUUUAAUCGAUAACUUCUAA